AUGAAGGCUCUGGGGCUGGUGGCCGUGUCCGGAAUGAUCAGUGUGAGCACUGGCCUGGAGGGGACGUGUGUGGACCUGAGCAACGCUUGCCGGGAGGGGGCACCGUGGUUAGUCAAGACAGGGCGUUGGUCGGAUAAGAUUCCCCUUCGGUUGCGGCAGUUUUGGCCUCUCGGCAGGGAAGACCGGCGUACGCUGCAGCUCGCGCCGAGCCGGCUGAUACAGCGCAGGAUGGUGAAAGCCCUGACGAUUUUGCACAACGACCACAUCGGAGAAGAUUUCGCCUGGCCGGUUGGGGUGGAGAAAGUGAACUUUAAAUACAAGGACCUCGGAGAUGUCAAGUGGCCAACGACCAUGACGGAAGUCCGACUUUCCUGGGACUUCGCUCAAGCGGUCGAACACAUUGUGUGGCCGAAAAGCCUCAAAGAACUGGAUUUUGGGAACUACUUCAACUCCCCGGUGGAGGGCGUGGAUUUUCCCGACGGACUGGAGCGGAUACGGUUUUCGCGGUGUUUCAAUCAACCAAUCACGGAAGUGAAGUGGCCGUCGCGACUGCUGGUGUUGAAGUUCGGCGAAAAGUUCAACAGGCCGCUGAAUGGAGUGAUUUGGCCAGACACCCUGAAAUACCUCGAUUUCAUUGGACAAGACUUCAACCAGCCUAUACACGUUACGCCCCUGCCGCGAGACUUGGAGGUGCUUAUGCUUGGCGACUCCUUCGAUCAGCCCCUGGAUACUGUAGUCUGGCCCAAAGGCUUGUUGGAGGUGUUCAUAGGGCACGGGUUCACUGAACCCGAGAGUCCUCGAUUGGCGGACGUGGUGUGGCCGUCGAGCCUUCGGAUGUUGUCGGCUCCGAGGAUGAAUAUCGGGCAUUUGCCGAAGGACUGCUGCCGCGACUUCGUUGGCGACUCCGAUGACGAUGAGUUCUUCGAAGUCCCAUGGCUAGUGGGUGAACCGUGGCCCCUCGGGUUUGCCGGCGGCGGUGGCGUAUUCGGGAUGGGUGUGUUGUGGGAUACCGAUAGUGACUGA